AUGAAGCAACCGGCGUGGCUUCUACUUUCCUUGGCCGCGACGUGGGUGCCUUGGACACCCGUCACGGCAGUGAAGUUCACGCAGGACGAUCUCAGUUUGGAGAACGUCAACGAGUCACUUUCCACCGCUCUGAUCCUUCGCUCCUCCCGCGGCACGGAGGAGGGCAAUUUUACCCGGGAUCAGGACCUGGACGCGGUUGUGUCCGGCAAGAUCUUCCACGACAUUGGCGAUGGAUUCGCCAAAGUUGGCAACACGCUAAAAGCGGUUGGCAUGAAAGCUGGGGAGGCCGCUGGCAACGCUGCCAUCGUGGUUGGGAACCACGUCAUGGAAGCCGCCAAGGCCAAGUUGGACCUCUUGCCAUGGGACGUGAAGCAACUGGCAAACCAGCUGGGCGGCAUCGCGAAGGGCAUGGCCAAUGGUCUCAAGGAGUUCGGGAAGACGCUUGAGAAGGGUGUCGUUGAUCUGGCGGACGAUGCUCUGAAGCAUGCGCAGCACUUCGCUGAGCAAGGAGUAAUGCUGGCCACCAGAGUCGGCGACAAGAUUGCCACGGAAGUCGCCAGCAAAGCCCGGUGGCUGGGAGACAAAGUGAAGACGCUGGGCCCGCUUGUCGCUGGAUUGGCGUCGGCAGCCUGGGAGCAAAUCAAGAAGUUCGUGAACUGCCUGGACAACAACGGCCUGAUGUGUCCGAUCUUGAUUGGAAGCCACUGCGAUUGCCCCUCCGGCAGCUCCGUGAGGUUCGAGAAUGGAGGAUUGAACUUGAGGUGCGUCAUUGGCAAGUCUGCGGGAUUUGGCAUGGGCUACGGCUUCAAGGCCCAAUCUGGAGGGAAGUUUGGCGGGAAGAAAGCCGGCAAGCUGCAGCUUCCUGGUCAGAUCUUCGAGGAGAAGAAGGCGGAGGCCAAGCAAGCUUUCAAAAAGAAGAAAGGUGGCUUGAAGAACAAGAUGUCUGGAGCUCCCACCGGAUCUUGCGAGACAAGUAUAGACAUGGCCAUCGAGGGCCAUGUGCAGAAUGCUCUGAUCAUUGGCAUGCACACCAACGGCCCCUUCACGACCAUUGACAUCUCAGGAGGUGUCGGUGUGUCCUUGGAUGGAAUGAUCAAAGCCCAAGGCAGCUGCACCCUGACAGCCGAGAAGCGCUUUCCGAAAGUACCCAAGAAGAAGGUGAUUUGCUACAAAGCUUUCUGCAUCGUCAUCAUGCUUCAGAUGGUCGCCCAGCUCGAGAUAACUGGCGCCCUUACCGGCACCCUCGAGUUGGGUGCUGAGGUUGGCUUCGACAUCGAGGGCAAGAUCACGGUGGACAAGACCACGGGCAAAGCCACCGCAGAGUUCAAGGCCCCAUCCGUCGACCGCCAGGCGGCCUUUGCGAUGGGCGCCAGCGCCUUUGCCUCCAUUCGCUUGGGCGCAGGACCCUUCAUCGUGGUCUAUCCGGUCCCGGGCGUGCCCGUGAACUUCAAUCCAAUGCUCAACUUGGAAGUCAGGGCGCAAGGCGACAUCAAGUUUGGACCUGUCGGCGUCGCCCUGAUCCAGGAGCCCGGCUUGGAGCCCACAAACAUCAGCAGCGUCAGCAUGCUGGAGGGGAGUGAAGCCGCCGAGGAUGCGGUUUCGUCACAUAUCAGCUCCGGCUCCGCCAAGAUGCUGAAGAUGUGCGCCGCUGCGGCUCUGAACAUCUAUAUCGACAGCGGCAUCACGGCCUUUGGAAUUCCUGUGGAGUUCGACAUCGAUUUCCGCCCCCAAGACAUCGCGGCUGAAAUCUUGCAAUCCUACCUGGCCGGCGCGCUGGCAGCGGUAAAGGUUCUGGAGGCUGGCAUGUCAUGCGUUCCGGGUCUCAACAAAGUGUCGGGUGUGGUCACAAGCACCAUGGAGAACGUGGCGCGAGAAGCCGCCAAGAAGGUCACCUCCAUGAUCCCAGACCUGAACAUCGACUUCAGCGGCAAGCCCGUCGCGCUGGCGGUGGAUAAAGUCUAUUGCGUGGAAGCAUACACGACACCUGGUUUUUCUACUGCUUCGUGCGCGGAAGAGCUUGGGUGCAAGCAUGUUGGCAGAAAGCCUUCAUCCGAUGCCGAGGUCACGAGAAUUCUCCCGCAGAAGCAGAAGCCGAGCCACGAGCUUCUUCACACCCGGCAGUUGGUCCACGAGCUGGGACUGGGAGAUCACUUCAUCGAGUUGGGCAACUUCCGCCUCGCGGCCAUGGACCAGAACCACUUCUCGAUUUCCCACUGCACCGGCAACAAAGCCCACACCUACUACUGGCCAACCUUGAACAGCGGCCGGCGCCGAGGUGUGACCCGCGAAAUCAAUUGGCCGGCAUGUCAGAAGAGAUGUUCAGAUGUGUGGAACUGUGUGCAUUUCACCUUCUAUCCGAGUGGUAGCUGCCGCCUCCACACCAGUGCGGCGAAGCAGUACACUUCUGGCUUCAACGGCAUCGCAGGCCCACAGAGAACAGAGAAUCACAACUGCCGGACCAUUCAAAUCUGGCAUGCCGACGGCACCAACUACUACGGCCCCAGAGCCGAUUGGGGGGCCUGGCACAAGCCACGGACGCCCAACGCCCACGUUAGUGCGAUCAAGUUCGGCUUCGAGUUCAUACAGAUUGGGCACUUCCGACUUGGUGCUGCAGACGAUGAACACUUGUCACUGUCGCACAUGAAUGGCAACACCCUCGAGAUCUUCAAAGAUGAUGGUUACAUAGACGGCAACAGACGAACUGACUACGGGACCUGGGAUCGUCCCGUUGGGAAACCUUUGGGCAUCAGCUUUGGCGACAGAUUCCUCCAGUUGGGGAACUUUCGGAUUGGCGACGAGGAUAACAUGCGCUUUGUAAUCUCGAGUGUCAAGAAGAAGACGAGUAUCCAGGUCUUUGAUGGCCAUGACGGAAAGACGAAGGGGAACCAGUGGCACCACUACACCACGUUCUUGAAUCGGCCUCCCGCAGACUACACUGUUAGAGGCAUCGGAGAAACCUCUUUCGGACCUUGUGAUCCCCAAUUUGCAGCUUGGGGAGAUCGAUUCAUCCAGCUUGGCGACUGGCGCAUGGGGGCCUACGACGACCAUCACUUCACGUUCUCUCACAAGGAUGGAAGGACUGCCGAGAUCUUGACGUCGGACGGAGGUCAGCAUCGCCACCAUCCGAGCAGCAGUUUCGGCACCUGGCACAGGCCCCUUGGCUUUCCCUCUGGCAUCGUCUUCGGCCAUCAGUUCAUCCAGUUUGGGAACUGGCGCGUGGCAGCGAUCGACGGCCAGCAUCUUAGCAUCUCUCACAGACGCGGAAAGACAGCAAAGCUCUUCAAGCUCAACCAUCAUCCUCAUCUGCACUGGGGGUUCACCGGUGGACUGACAACCUACAGUGCUUGGGGAAGGAAUAUCGGACCUGCCUCAGGGGUCAACUUCGGCGAUAAAUUCAUUCAGAUUGGCGAUUUCCGCAUCGGCGACUCUGAUGGAACCAAUCUCGCCGUUACCUUCGCCCCCUGGGGAAACUCCAUCUACCGUUUCCACAAAGAUGGCUGGGCUGACACAGACCACCACGGAUCGUACGGGCCCGCCGUCAACAACCGCCCUACGCACUGGCACUGUGGCAACUUGCAGGAAGCCAUGGGCUCCUGCACCGGAAUCGUCACAGGUGAAGACUUUAUGCAGAUCGGAGACUGGCGGCUUGCUGCAGAGGGUGAUACGUUCUCCGUGUCGCACAUCGACGGACAGGCCAAGACGUUUUCGGCAGCGAGCCUGCUUCAAACCAACGAGUCUCUUACGGAAUCUGCUGCGAGUGCCUCGGCCAGCCUGCUCCAAUCCAACGAGUCGCUCAUGGUGGACUGCUUCGAGGCCAACUCGUACUAUUCGCCCGUAGACAUUCCUGGCCACGGUCGGUCGCAUGCGCACAGCUGGCAAGAAUGCCAGACAAGAUGUGCGCAGGUGGCCGGCUGUGCUCAUUUCAGCCGCUGGCCGGAUGGUGGCUGCCAUAUACAACAUGGCGCAGCGACCAAAGUGGCUGCUCACGGCGUCACGGCAGGCCCACCCUUAUGUCCAGAGGGCUGUGCCGUUCCCCACACGCAGUACACGCCGGUGGACAUGCCGGGCCAAGGUCGCACGCGUGCCAGUGAUUGGAAGGCCUGUCAGAGCAGAUGUGCCUCGGUGAACGGCUGCGCUCAUUUCAACUACUGGCCGGAUCAUGGCUGCCAUAUCUCGGCAAGCUCUGCAGCGAGAAUAGCUUCUCAUGGCGUUUUGUCUGGCGCACCCGUCUGCAAGGCGGCUCCUCACGGCGUUUGGAGCCGUCAGCCCUUGGCACCGGACGGGAAUUUGAGGGUGCAAUUCGGAGAUCGCGUCGUCCAGAUUGGCAAGUUCCGCUUGGGUGAUGUGGAUGGGAAGCACUUCAGCAUCUCGCAUUCGAAUGGAAAGACCUUAGUCAUCUAUCGAUCCAAUAGUGCCCAUGAUGCAAUUCCCGUGCAUCCACAGACUCGCUGGGACUGGGGCAUGUGGGGGAAGACGUGGCCGUCCCGGAAUCCCGACAUGUCGCCCAUGGGGGUGAGCUUUGGCGACCGCUUCGUGCAGAUCGGGAACUUCCGGCUCGGGGACGUGGAUGGCAAGCACUUUUCCGUGGCACACGCCGGGAGCGGCAAGACUUUGAUGGUCUUCCAAAGCGACGGGAACCACGGACAUCACCAUUGCCCCCGCGAUGACUUCACGACCUUGGGUCGGUCCAUGGAGCAGUGCCAGGAGAUGGAGCCGUGA